AUGAACAGACCGAAGCGCCACUCUUUAAUCAUCAGUGCUCCUUCUUCACCAAUUAUUGGUGAUGAGCCCAAAUUUUUUUCUUCUGCGCCAAACACGGCUCAAUUGGGGUUGGGAUUGAACAGCAGCGGCCAUUCAAAGGAAUCACGGCACUCCUUUCUUCGAAUCAACCCUGGGGAUAGUAGAAAUGUUUCAUUCGACUCUUUGACAGAUUCGUCCAACAUCAAAUUGCUGCUUAUUGGAGACGCAGGCGUGGGGAAGACAGCAAUGAUUUUGUCGUAUUGCAACGAGCUUCCACGCGUUAGCACGAAAGUCAACAAAGACGAGAGCCAAAAGAAGCUCCCUCAAACAUCUGCGGUUAAUAGGGUGAAGAAUAUAGAGCAACGGAAGCGAUACUCGUUGAACGAUUUCGAAAAUUCUGUUGCAAGCGGAAGCGACACAGAGUUUGAAAUAAAUACAACUUCAACCAUUGGAAUUGACAUUAAGACGAACCUGGUUAACAUUGAUAACAGAUUCUUCAGAGUAAUAAUGUGGGAUACGGCAGGGCAAGAGAGAUACCGGAAUGCGAUGAUAUCAUCACUCUAUAAAGGCUCGAAUGGGGUUAUAUUAAGUUACGACAUAUGUGACUUCAAUAGUUUCCUGAAUUGUUUGAACGGUUGGCUGCUGGAGUCUAUUGAAAACAUCCCGAAUCUAGAUCACACAAGGUUCUACUUAGUUGGUAACAAACUAGACCUUUACAAAGAGAGGAAAGUCACACAUGAGGAUGUACUCAAUUUCAUCUCGAAGAUUGAAAAGGACUACCAUGUUAAAAUAUCUGGGAACUUUGAAGUUAGUUGCAAGUGGGAAAACAUCGUCGAAAGGACAUUUAACAUUAUUAUUAAGGACUUAGUAGAAAGUGGCUGUUACGAGGAUGACAGGGAAUUACGUGUUCUUCAAUCAGACACUUCAGACACGUAUGAUAGCUCAGCCGAAGAAGAACCCUCAACAAUGCGACAUAGGGCAGGCAAAAGUUCUUCAAAAACUGUAGAUUUAACAAAGCCUUUACAUUUAAGCUCGCAAGACAAGUCAAAUCCAUACCCUAGAACAUCAUGUUGCUCUUAA